AUGGCAGUGGCGGUGGCAGUGAGCAGUGGUAACAGUGGCGGUGGUAACGGUGGCAGUGGUAGUAGUAGCGGUGGCAGUGGUGGCAGCAGUAGCAGUGGUAGCAGUGACGAUGGCUUCAGUGGUAACGAGCAUGGUGGCAGCGGUGGCAGUGGUGGCAGUGGCGGUAGCGGUGGUAGCGGUGGCGAUGGCAGUGGCAGUGGCAGUGGUAACAGUGGCAGUGGUGGCAGCGGUGGUAACGGUGGCAGUGGCGGUGGCAGUGGCAGUGGUAAUGGUGGCAGUGGCGGUAACAGUGGCAGUGGUAGCGGUGGCAGUGGCAGUGGUGGCAGUGGUAGUGGCAGUGGUAGCGGCGGUGAGUGGUGGCAGGAGUGGCGGCCCGGUGGUAGCGGUGGCAGUGGCGGUGGCGUGGCAGUAGUGGCAGCGGUGGUGGCAGUGGCAGUGGCAGUGGUGUGCCCAGGUGUGACUGAUGAUGCCAAGGUGGGACUGAUGCCCAGGAACGUGCAGACAUGA